AUGUCACCUACAGAUGUCAUAGAUAAAGAAGUCAAUCGCAAAACUGAUAGUGUAAGUGAUAUACACGUUAAUGAAGAGACCGGUGUUGAGAGGAAAUCAUCAAAAAUUGAUGACAAAAGCAAUGAACAACAGAAAGAUAUUAAAGUACAGAAAGAGGGGUCUAAGGGUAGGAAAGAGAAAUCGAAGGAUAGGGAGAGGAAAGUGCGAGUUAUAGAGGAUACGGAGAGAAAAGAGAGGUCAAAGGUUAUCGAAAUAAAGGAAAACUUUGAGAACAAGGAGAGGAAAGAGAACUCUAAGGGUAGGGAAAGAGACGUUAAACCUAAAGAAAUAAAGGAAAAAAAGUCAAAACAUGGGGAACAGGAAGAGAAGAAAUCAAAAAAUAAGGAAACGGAAGACAAAGAGUCAAAACAUGUUUCUAAAGAGUCGAAAGAAAGCUCACAAUCGAGACAUAAAUAUGAAGAAAGAGAAUCUAAGGACAGGGAUCAUAAAAAAUCUUUAAAGACGGAUAUGGAGUGCACUAAAGGUCAAGAAAAAUCAACAAAAAAGGAUAAGAAGUCUAAGGAUAGGUCAGAGUCGAGGGAUAAGAGGCAGCGGGACAACUGUGUCACAGACAUGGUUGUCAACAGUGAUAAACAUAGAGAUAAAAAACAUGAGAAACAGAGUGAUGGCAAACAACACAAACAUAAAGAAGAUGUCAGUGGUAUUAGACACAAGAAGUUGGCGAAACAAAAACGAAGUCAAGAAGAAGUGUUUGAUGAGAUGAUUCAAAUUGAAAUCAAUGAAAACGUAGUCAAUAUCCGUAGGGAAAGCCUUACAAACACUAAUAAACAUAAUAAUAAUAAUAACAUAUUACCAAAUGAACCAAUUGAUGAACAAAUUAUAGACAUUGAAAAUUUUGACAAACAAUCGGUGGCCACCACCACAACCAGUGGCACCAGUACUACAACAAACACUCAUCGUAUGAGUCGUGAAGAGAAAACCAAAAAAUUAGUUGAUAUUCAGCGGAGUAAGAGUCGUGACUCAACUCGCAGUGCGGAUAUCAAGAUUGAAAUCGAGGACGAGUUCGGCAAUCUGUCCACCGAUACUGAGUUUCCCGAUAAUAGUUUUGUCUCCUGA